UCUUGUUACGCAAUAUGGUAUCAGAGCUAAUUUUUCCACAUUUUUCUUCGAUCGGUGAUUUCUCUUGUUCAGAGAUCAUCUUCUUACUUUGAUUCCAUUUGAUGAUUUCAUUGUUUCGAAAUCAUCUUGGUUCGAUUUCGUUAUUUGAUGAUUUCAUAGUUUCGAAAUCAUCUUUUCCUCUUUGAUUGUUGAAAUUGAUUGUUCAAAUUCAUCAAUUCUUUCUCGAUCUUUUUUAUUCUUCUUGUUAUUUUCAAUGGUGAAUCCAAAUAAUCCACUGAAUAAUGGAAUUCUAGAACAAACAUCUUCAAACGAUCCAUUUUACAUCCAUCAUUCGGUUAAUCUGGGAUCAAUUCUUGUAUCACAAGUCCUUACAGGAGAGAAUCACGCUUCUCGGAGUAGUUCUAUGAAAAUCACUUUAUUAGCCAAGAACAAAUUUGACUUUGUUGAUGAUACGAUCCCACAACCAGAUGUUACUGAUCCUGAAAAAUUGAAGUUAUGGUUACGUAACAACAACAUCAUUAUUUUAUGGAUACUUAACAUAGUUUCUAAAGAAAUUUAUGCAUCAAUCAUAUAUCUGGAGACAACUUCGGCUAUCUGGAAGGAAUUGUGUGCAAGGUUUCAACAAAACAAUGGACCUCGUAUAUUUAAGAUAAAAAGGAAUCUCAUGAAUCUUACUCAAGGUUUUCCACAUGGUUAUCGUACCAAUUUUCAAGGUCAAAGUUCAAAGAUCAAUGUCGCUACUAUUGAUACUGGAGGAAGUCAAGUCCAAAAUCCAAUUGGUUCUGAAAAUAAUGAUGUUGUGACUAGAUUAACAAAUGAACAAUGUCAACAAAUCAUUGCAAUGCUAUCAGGAAAACUUGAAUCUGUUAAUGUUGUUUCUUCCAAAAAUACCCCUGCGGGUAAUCAUUUCAUUCUUACUUUGAAUGAAGGUCUUUUUAAAUCUAAUGUUUGGAUUCUUGACUCCGGGGCCACAAGUCAUGUGUGUAAUAACAAAGACAUGUUUCAUAAUAUGAGAUAUGCUACAAAUACUAGAAUUAGAUUACCAAAUCAACUUCUUAUUCAAGUUGAAAAGGUUGGAAGUAUUAAAUUGAAUGAUCAGUUGGUGUUGCAAGAUGUAUUGUUUGUUCCUCAAUUCGAGUUGAACUUGGUAUAUGUAAAUUCUUUAACAGCUCAUGACAAGGAUUUAAUGGUGAAUUUGUAUCAUGAUCAUGCUAUCAUCAAGCAUAUUUCCAACAAUAGUGUGAUUGGCAAUGGUGAAGUAUUAGCUAGGUUGUACGUGCUGAAAGUGGAGGAAGUUCAAGGUUUUGCAAGUGUUGUUACUACACAAAGAUGGAAUCAACGUUUAGGUCAUCCUUCUUUUAAUAAAAUCAAAUGUUUAGACAAUGUGUUGAAUUGUGGAAACCAUUUUACUUCAAAUCUUUGUACUGUUUGUCCUAUUGCAAAACAGAAGAGAUAACCUUUCA